AUGUACGAUCAGUACGACCACAGACGACCAGUACGACCACAGACGACCAGUACGACCACAGACGACCAGUACGACCACAGACGACCAGUACGACCACAGACGACCAGUAGGACCACAGACGACCAGUACGACCACAGACGACCAGUAGGACCACAGACGACCAGUACGACCACAGACGACCAUAGGACCACAGACGACCAGUACGACCACAGACGACCAGUAGGACCACAGACGACCAGUACGACCACAGACGACCAGUACGACCACAGACGACCAGUACGACCACAGACGACCAGUACGACCACAGACGACCAGUACGACCACAGACGACCAGUAGGACCACAGACGAUCAGUACGACCACAGACGACCAGUACGACCACAGACGACCAGUACGACCACAGACGACCAGUAGGACCACAGACGACCAUAGGAACACAGACGACCAGUACGACCACAGACGACCAGUAGGACCACAGACGACCAGUAGGACCACAGACGACCAGUACGACCACAGACGACCAGUACGACCACAGACGACCAGUAGGACCACAGACGACCAGUACGACCACAGACGACCAGUACGACCACAGACGACCAGUAGGACCACAGACGACCAGUACGACCACAGACGACCAGUAGGACCACAGACGACCAGUACGACCACAGACGACCAGUACGACCACAGACGACCAGUAGGACCACAGACGACCAGUAGGACCACAGACGACCAUAGGACCACAGACGACCAGUACGACCACAGACGACCAGUAGGACCACAGACGACCAGUAGGACCACAGACGACCAGUACGACCACAGACGACCAGUAGGACCACAGACGAUCAGUAGGACCACAGACGACCAGUACGACCACAGACGACCAGUAGGACCACAGACGAUCAGUCGACCACAGACGACCAGUAGGACCACAGACGACCAGUACGACCACAGUACGACCAGUACGACCACAGACGACCAGUACGACCACAGACGACCACAGACGACCAGUAGGACCACAGACGACCAUAGACCACAGACGACCAGUAGGACCACAGACGACCAGUACGACCACAGACGACCAGUACGACCACAGACGACCAGUAGACCACAGACGACCAGUAGGACCACAGACGACCAGUACGACCACAGACGACCAGUAGGACCACAGACGACCAGUACGACCACAGACGACCAGUACGACCACAGACGACCAGUAGGACCACAGACGACCAGUAGGACCACAGACGACCAGUACGACCACAGACGACCAGUACGACCACAGACGACCAGUACGACCACAGACGACCAGUACGACCACAGACGACCAGUAGGACCACAGACGACCAGUAGGACCACAGACGACCAGUACGACCACAGACGACCAGUACGACCACAGACGACCAGUACGACCACAGACGACCAUACGACCACAGACGACCAGUACGACCACAGACGACCAGUAGGACCACAGACGACCAGUACGACCACAGACGACCAGUACGACCACAGACGACCAGUAGGACCACAGACGAUCAGUAGAACCACAGACGACCAGUACGACCACAGACGACCAGUACGACCACAGACGACCAGUAGGACCACAGACGAUCAGUACGACCACAGACGACCAGUACGACCACAGACGACCAGUAGGACCACAGACGACCAUAGGACCACAGACGACCAGUACGACCACAGACGACCAGUAGGACCACAGACGACCAGUACGACCACAGACGACCAGUACGACCACAGACGACCAGUAGGACCACAGACGACCAGUACGACCACAGACGACCAGUACGACCACAGACGACCAGUACGACCACAGACGACCAGUAGGACCACAGACGACCAGUACGACCACAGACGACCAGUAGGACCACAGACGACCAGUACGACCACAGACGACCAGUACGACCACAGACGACCAGUAGGACCACAGACGACCAGUAGGACCACAGACGACCAGUACGACCACAGACGACCAGUAGGACCACAGACGACCAGUAGGACCACAGACGACCAGUAG